GUCGACAUCAAAAUGCACGUUGAAUAUCUUGUCGUGUGUUUCUUCGUCAUAAUGAGUGUGGCGUGCUCAAAAAAGACUCCAAACGACGCUGAAUUGGCCAAAAUCAAGGCAUCACCUGAGUUCAAAGAUGCAAAAGCCAAGGUUAUGACAGUGUUGUCAUCAAAAAUUGAUAAUUAUGUCCUCGAAAAUCUUCGUAAACGGAAAACUCCAACUGGAAAUGACUUUUAGUAGCAACAGUCUUUCUCUUCCUUCAUUCUUAUAGUGCCGCCACUUACAUUGUCACUUUUAGUCUUCUUUAUCACCUGACGAGUAAGAUGCACUCAACGCCCAGUGAGCAUUGUUAUCUUUAUGCCAGGUCAUUCACAUAAAUACGCUUGUAUAAAUUUCUGUCCACAGCCUUUUGUUCUUACCUCCUUCACCGCUGUUCGAAUACGAACAGAAUGUGACAGGAAUUUUUCAUGUGAAAUAAUAGCUGGUG